CUUCCUCCGCGGUGGGGGUUGCCGUAGACCCGGAAGGAGCGGAAGUGGAGGAUGGCCCCCUGGAAUGAGGAGAGCGCGUGAAGCGCCGCCUCUCUAGACUCAGGGCAGAGGUGGGCGUGAGCGAAGGGAAGAUAGAGACGAAGAAUCUGGCAGUGCUCCCUGGCCUUCCUGCAGCAGCUGCUCAUUCCCUCUCCUCAGCCUGUGCCAUGCGGGGUGCCUUCUCAGGACUUCUGCCCUCAUUUUUGCUCUGCCUGGCUGUUGCUAUGGACGCUUGCCUUCUCCAAUCAACGCGCGGCUUGCUGGGCUGUGCGGAGCCGUGGUUGCUGUGGCAACGGAUGGCAACAGCUCUGGGACCUCCACGUUGUGGGAAAGAGAGCUGACGGCUUGGAGCCGGGUGGGAGCCCCUCGAUUGCAGUAUCUGUGAGCAAAGGAAAUAACGAAAAAUGACAAGUAGAAGACUCGAGGAGUCCAUGGGGGCUGUCCAGAUGGGGUUAGUCAGAAUGCUCAAAGGAUUCCAAAGCAAGGUUUUGCCACCCCUGAGUCCCAGGGUGGUUAAAGAAGAAGAUGUCAACCAAAUGCUAACACCCUCGGAGUUCCUGAAGGAAAUGUCCCUGACCACAGAACAGAGACUGGCAAAUACACGGUUGAUGUGCCGACCACAGAUCAUCGAACUUUUAGAUAUGGGGGAAGCAACACAUCAAAAGUUUUCAGAUAUUGACCUGGACCAGGCAUUAUUCCAGCCCUUUCCAUCAGAAAUUAUAUUUCAGAACUACACUCCCUGCGAAGUCUAUGAAGUUCCAUUGGUUUUGAGGAACAAUGACAAAAUUCCAAGGAUGGUGAAAGUUAUUGAGGAAAGCUCGCCGUACUUUAAAGUAAUCAGCCCCAAAGACAUUGGCCACAAAGUAGCUCCAGGAGUGCCGUCCAUAUUCCGCAUCCUCUUCACUCCAGAGGAGAACAAGGAUUAUGCCCAUAUGUUGACCUGUGUGACUGAAAGAGAAAAGUUCAUCGUACCCAUCAAAGCCAGAGGCGCUCGAGCCAUCCUGGAUUUUCCUGACAAGCUGAAUUUUUCCACUUGCCCUGUCAAAUACAGGACUCAGAAGAUUCUGCUGGUCCGGAACAUCGGCAACAGAGAUGCUGUGUUUCACAUCACAACAUACAGGCCGUUCUCCGUGGAGCCCUCUGUUGGAACUCUUACCGUGGGAGAGUCCAUGCAAUUGGAAGUGGAUUUUGAGCCACAGGCUGUGGGCAAUCACAGCAAACGGCUGAUUGUGUAUUAUGACACAGGUGAAAAAAUGUUUGUAUCUCUGUAUGGAGCUGCCGUAGACAUGAAUAUAAGGCUGGACAAGAAUUCUUUGAUCAUUGAGAAAACCUACAUAUCUCUGGCCAAUCAGAGAACUAUAACUAUUUACAACCGCAGUAACAUCAUUGCCCAUUUCCAGUGGAAGGUAUUUGCUACCGAGGAAGAGGAAGAUAAAGAAAAGUAUAGGGUCUGUGAGGAUCUGAUCAAAGAGGAAAAGGAUGAGACUGACGAGUUUCUCGAAGAGUUUGUUAGUGAUCCUUUACUCCGAGAACGGAUUUCCAUUCUCUCCCGCUCCUUUGCGAAUCAGAGAAGGCUGGUUCAGGCGGACAGCAUACUCUUCUUGAAUAACAUUUUCAUAAUUGAGCCCCUGGAAGGUGAUGUCUGGCCCAACUCAUCAGCUGAAAUCACUGUGUACUUCAACCCUCUGGAAGCCAGGCUCUACCAGAUGACUGUGUACUGUGAAAUUUCAGGUCGAGAGAUCCGUCUGCCCCUCCGAAUCAAAGGGCAAGGAAUGGGACCAAAGAUUCACUUCAACUUUGAAUUGCUGGAUAUUGGAAAAGUUUUUGUUGGAUCUGUACAUUGUUAUGAGGCAAUACUCUCCAACAAAGGCAGCAUCGACGCCCUCUUCAACGUGAUCUCCCCGACUUCAGCUUUGGGGGCCUGCUUUGUUUUCAGCCCCAAGGAAGGCAUCAUCAAGCCAAGCGGGGUCCAGGCUGUCCAGAUUUCCUUCUGCUCGUCCAUUCUGGGGCACUUCGAAGAAAAGUUCCUGGUCAGUGUCAAUGGGUCACCUGAGCCCGUGAAACUGACUAUUAGAGGCUGUGUCAUCGGACCCACCUUCCACUUUAAUGUCCCUGCUCUGCACUUUGGGGAUGUUUCCUUUGGGUUUCCUCACACCUUGAUAUGUUCCCUCAAUAACACCUCCUUGGUCCCCAUGACCUUCAAACUGCGCAUCCCUGGCGAUGGCCAUGAAAGCAUUUCAAGCUGUGAGCAAUAUACAGACACCAAAGGACCUUCUUGGAACAAGGAGGAAAUACCCAUAACGAAACCAAAAGAAUUUACCAUCACCCCCAACUGUGGCACCAUUCGCUCCCAAGGAUUCGCUGCUAUCAGGGUGACCUUAUGCUCCAACACUGUGCAGAAAUACGAGCUGGCCCUGGUGGUGGACGUGGAGGGCAUCGGGGAAGAAGUGCUGGCGCUCCUCAUUACAGCGAGGUGUAUUGUACCUGCCCUCCGCAUGGCUAAUGCAGAGGUGGACUUCGGGCGCUGCUUCCUGAAAUACCCGUACGAGAAAACCAUCCAGCUUGUCAACCCGGAUGACCUCCCAGGAUGCUAUGAGGUCCUGCCCCAGAUAGAUGAGGACUCGCCCGCGGUGUUGCUCUCUAGUCCCAACCCCUAUGGAAUCAUCCCUCCCCAAAGCACCGUCCACAUCCCCCUGAUCUUGGAGACCCAGGUCACCGGGGAGCACAGGUCCACGAUUUACAUCUCGGUCUUCGGGAGCCAGGACCACCCUGUGGUGUGCCAGCUGAGGAGCAUCGGAGAAGGCCCGGUGAUCUGCGUCUGUCCCCACCAGGUGGAUUUUGGCAAGAUCUACGUCCUGACGGAGUCCUCCAGGGUCAUCAACCUCUCUAACCAGUCCCUCAUCCCUGGAUUAUUUCAGGCACACAUGGCUCACAAAAAGUCCCUUUGGACAGUGGAACCCAGCGAAGGCACCGUUCCCCCCGAAGAUGACAUUCAACUGACGCUGACCGCCAACCUGAAUGACAUACUGAUGUUCAAAGACACGGUCAUUUUAGAUAUUAUAAACAGCAAAACCUACCGGAUUUCUGUCCAGGCCGAAGGAAUUGGUUCCACCAUUGUUUCGGAUAAGCCCUUUGCUCCAGAACUCAACUUGGGAGCACAUUUUAGCCUGGACACCUGUUACUACCACUUCAGGUUGACCAACAAGGGACGUCGGGUCCAACAGUUGUUCUGGAUGAAUGAAAAGUUCCAACCCAAGAACAAGAAAGGUGCGCCUAAGAGGAGACUCGCUAAGCGCCCUCGCGCCCAGGCAGCCAGGCGUUCCCAGAGCCCCGUGUUUCAGCUUCAACCCUUCAGGAUGGAGUUGUAUCCAGACCAGACGAUCGAUGUGACACUUGAUGGCUAUUCUUCUACUCCCAGGAUGGUCAGGGAGAAGCUGGUGUGCCACGCCAUCAUCGGGGCCCAGCGGGAGCGGAGCCUGGUGAUGACUGUGGAUGUCAUGUGCGAGUUCAUAGCGCCGCUCAUCCAGCUCUCCACCAAGAAGCUCGUGUACCGACUGGAGAAGAAACCACAGACUGUCUUGCAACCUGAUUACCAGCCCUUGGUCAUGAAGAACAUUUCCACGCUGCCCGUGAAUGUGUUGCUCUCAACAAGCAAACCCUUCUUCAUCUGUGACACAGAGCAAUCUCUGUUGCCCCUAAUUCCAGAGCCUAUUAAACUGGAGAUUGGUGAAGAAAAAAAUCUGCUGGUCAAGUUUGACCCGACCCACAAAUGCGAUUUGAACAACUGGGUGGCAGAAGAAACUCUAGCCAUCAGGUACCUGGAGCACCCUCAGGUAGACAGCCUGAACCUGCGUGGGGAAGUGCAUUACCCCAACCUGUCCUUUGAGACCAUGGACCUGGACUUUGGCUGUAUCCUGAACGACACCGAGGUGAUCCGCUACGUUCCCAUCACCAACUGCAGCCCACUGGCUGUGAAGUUUUGCUGGUUCUUCCUGGAGAACAACAAGGAAAAUCAAAUAAGGUCUACCCUUGUAGAUGAAGAUACUGGGUCUGAAGAAGGAGAGCACAGAAGAGCAGAAGCGCCCAAGCUGAUCAACUCAGAUGUGUUUGACAUUCUGCCCCUCUAUGGAGAGCUGCAGCCGUACAGUAGCGGCCAGAUAGCGUUCACCUUCUACGGACACUGUGACAUCAUCGCCCAGGCGACAGCUCUGUGCAAAGUAGAAGGAGGGCCCAACUAUGAGAUAAAACUACGGGGAGAGACAUCCAUGGUCAGCUAUUCCUUUGACACCAAGGACAUCAACUAUGGGCUACAGCUGUUCGACCGGGUCACAGAGACCAAAGUCACACUGAAGAACACGGGGAAAGUCGGCUUCGAGUUCAAGGUGCUGACCAAUGACCAGUCUUCGCCAGACAACCUCCUGCCCGGGGUGCCACUCAUCCUGCCUCUUUCAGGUUUCAUCAGUUCACUUAAAGAGCAGGAGUUGAAGAUUUACUACUUACCUGGAGGACCUGAGAUCUUUCAAAGAAGUUUUCAGGUCCAGAUCGCCCACCUGGACCCAGAGAGUAUCACACUGAGGGGAGAGGGAAUCUUUCCUCGAAUCUACAUUGACCUCCCCAGAAACCUCAAAGGGAAUGAAAAGUAUGAAAUCUUCUUGAAUCAGGCCAGAGAAAACCUAGAAAACGAGUUAGACAAAGAUGAAAUAUUGAGUCACACAGAGACCAUUGAGGAAAUGUCUGAGGAUGAGCCUUUUAAGUUAAGUGCUCAGCUCCAGAUGGAAGUAGAGCGACUCAUAGUCCAAAACUAUACCAUGGAACAUCAGAAAAUUAUCCACGAUCCCAUAGACGAAGUCAGCCAUCGGGGUCGCCACAGACUAGCCAAAAUCCAGCUGCCAGAGUAUAUCCUAGACUUCGGCCACAUCAUCCUUGGCGACUCUCGAUCCCACAUCAUCAGGAUCACCAACACCAGUCACAUCCCAGUGUCCUUCCACGCAGAGAAGCGCAUCCUGCACGACACAGGCUUUAGUACUGAGCUAGAUCGUGUAAAGCAUCUGCCUUCCUGCGAAACGGAAACAUUUGAAGUGAGAUUUGACCAGCAAGGGACCAACCAGUCUGUGGGAAACAAAGAAGCCAUUCUGCCCAUCAAAGUGGUUGGAGGGCCAACGGUUCACAUCUGUCUGCAAGUCCAGGUGACCAUUCCCACUAUGACACUGUCUUGUGACAAAGUGGAGUUUGCCACAAUUCAGUGUGGGCAGUGCCUUGUGGAAACUAUUCAGCUCUCCAAUCAUCUUCAAGUUCCUUGUGAAUGGUUUGUCGUCAGCCAUAAGCCAUUUAACAAGUUGGAGAAGCACAUGCCAAAGUACUUAAGACGGAAACUCCAUACCGAGUUCAAGCCAAAGACGCGGAUCUUUGAGAUCCAGCCCAUGACAGGGGUCUUGGAUCCUGGUGAGAAGGCCAACGUGCAAGUGAGAUUCAUGCCCAAAGAAGAGAAAUUCUACAGUCAAACCCUGACGUUCCAACUUGUCCGCAGUACUCAGAAGCUUACGCUGCUGGCACAGGGGCAAGGUUUAGAGCCACGCUUGGAAUUCAGUCCUUCAAUUCUGGAGCUGGGGCCGCUGCUGCCUUACGCGCCUGGAGACGAGGCCGAGGUGGUGGUGAAGAAUCCCUGUGACUUUCCCAUUGAAUUUUACUCCUUAGAAUUUGACCAGCAAUAUCUCAUCGAAGAGAAGAUCUUGCGGUCGCUAAAGGGCUACGACUCCUACAACACCCUGCUGCUGCCCCCCCGGGUGCCUGGGGAGAAGCUGCCCUCAGAGGUGUACGAGUACUUUAGGGAGAUGAAGCAGUCCAAGGAGGAACAGAUGAAGGCGAAAUACCUGGAGGCUCUGGCUCAGGACAACGAAGACGAAGAUAUAUCCUUGUCGGAGCAGGUAACGGUCUCCAACGUGAAGAGGGGCUCACUUAGCCGAGGGAUCUCUGUCACAUCCGACCUGGAGGACUGGGAGGAGUCCAAGAACAAUCCAGAUGAUGAAGAGGAUGAUGACAGCCUGGAAAAACUAGUGUUUCAAACUGAGAAGUUACAGAGCACAGACAGCCACUCUGCAGAGGACGAUGGAGAAGUAGAGAACAGCCCAGUGAACAAGGCCAUUGCUCGCUACCUGGGCAUCGAUGUUUGUGCAGAAGGUAACCUGGCCAAGAACCGGAAAGGCAUCGCCAUUAUCGUCCACGGGACGCCCGUGUCAGGCAAGACGGCCACGGCAGCCAGCCUGGCCAAGUACUACGGCGCCGCCUGCUUCAACAUCGACUCCAUCGUGCUGGAGGCCAUCUGCGACGGCAACAGCAUCCCAGGGAUCCGGGCCCGGGAGCUCUGCAUCAGGGCGGCCAUCGAGCAGUCCAUGCGGGAAGGAGAAGAGUCUGCCCAGGAGACUGCUUCAGGUCAACUUGGCAUAGGACAGGUACGACAGAGCAGCGAGAACCUGGGCAAGUUAAUCUCAGAAACCACCCUGAUAAACCCUGAAGUGAAAUCUGCAAAGUCCAUGCGCGGGAGCAUGCUGUUUUCCAAAAACAGGGCAGAGCAUGGCUCUGGGUCUCAGAAGCAGCAUCACCCGCACCCGCCUGAAACUCCACAGAUUUCCUCCAGUCCUCUCCCCUCGGGACCCACACCGCGCAGACUUAGUGUCAGCACCAGCAUCGGAGGCGAGACCGGGCUCCUGAGCUGUGUGCUCCCUGAGGAAAUGCUCGUUCAGAUCCUGGCCGAGCGCUUACAGCUGAGUGACUGCAACCUGGGAGUGGUGUUUGACAGCCUCGACACACUCUUUGCUCGAAACGCGGCCAUUGCUCUCCUCUGCCUGCUGAAGGCCAUUGGCAACAGGGAGCACAUCUACGUCCUCAACAUGCCCCAGGAUUACGCAGGCAUGAAGGCCCAGGAGAAAGCCAAAAAGGAGCAAGAAGAGCAGAAACAGAGGGAGGCGCUUGAAAAAGAGAAGGAGCGUCUCCAAAAUAUGGAUGAGGAAGAAUAUGAUGCCUUGACAGAGGAGGAGAAAAUCGCGUUCAAUCGAGAGGUCCAGCAGGCCCUGCGGGAGAGGAAGAAGAGGGAGCUGGAGAGAUUGGCAAGGGAGUUGCAUGAAAAGAAGCUACAACAGGAACUUGAGCGGCAAAAGGAAGAAGAUGAGCAAAAAAAGAAGACGAGAAAGACAAAGCAAGUAGCACCAAAGGAGGAGCCAGCCCUGAAGAAAUCUCAGACCAGCCGGCAGACACUUACCUUUUCCAAACUAGAAGGCAGGAUGGACUUGGUAGAACCAAAAGCUUCUGAGAAGGACCAGGGAAUGGCUGAGAGGGACGAACUGAGCAAGAAGAAAAAGAGCCAGAUGGCAGAUAACAACGCCAUUGGGUUUUCCCUGGUCCAGGAUCAGGAGGACAGUGAUGGGGACCUCCAGAAGGAAGCUGACAAGCCUCUGGCCCAGAGGUUUAAGACCUAUGAGCUGACUCUGAAGGAUAUCCAGAACCUCCUCAUGUACUGGGACCGGAAGCUAGGCAUCCAAGUGCCUCACAUGGGGGCUGAGGACCUGACCCACGAGCCCGAAGACCAGCGCCAAGUCCCGUCUGGUGGGCGCAAAGGCCGCAAGGACCGGGAGAGGGAGCGCGCGGAGAAGGAGCGAGCGGAGAGGGAGCGCCUGGAGCGGGAGAGGGCCGAGCGGGAGCGGCUGGAGAGGCUCCGGGCGCUGGAGGAGCAGCCGGAUGGAGGAGACGUGGACAGGGAGGAGGACCAUGAAGGGAAGAGGGAUCUGGGUGUGCCAUUCAUCAAUAUCCAGACACCCGACAUUGACGGCUCCACCUGGAAGCAGGCCCUGGAGAAUGACAAGCUUCCCAAAGGGGAUCAGAUCCUAGACUACUUGGGCCUGGGCUCCUCUGGGCUGCCCAUCCCGCCUCCCGUCUUAUUCUCCAUAAUCCCCUACCCUCUGAAGCGGCUGCCCUUGGCCCCCACGGAAAUCAUGAAGCAUUUUAUGUUUCUCAUCCCGCUCUCCGAAGAGCUGGCCCUGCUGGAGGAGAAAAGAGAGGCGGAAUCAGAAGUAGACCUCUCGACGACUACCACCACGAGCUCCGCGAAGGAGGAGCCGAACACCUCGUCUAAAGGGAACAAGCAGAAACCGAAAGAAAAAACAGACCAGAUUCGGGAUACUCUGAAGGACAAGCGCCGCAUCGCCUUCAACAGGAAGGGCCUUUCUGGGGCCAUGUCUGGCACCGUUUCGCCCCUGUCAGACAUGGACCAGAACAACUUGUCUGGGCAGCACUCCCAGGACAAAUUCAUCAGGUUGAAUCAUUUCCGGUGGAUUGUGCCGGCCAAUGGCGAGGUGUCGUUGAGAAUGCAGUUCUCUGCUACUGAUCUCGGGAACUAUGACCAGACGUUCAACUUUGAGAUCCUUGGAACUUGCCGCCAGUACCAGCUUUAUUGCCGUGGUGUUUGCGCUUAUCCAUACAUUUGCCAAGACCCAAAAGUGGUAUUCCCUCAGCGGAAGAUGGACGUGAAAGCAGAUGAGAUCGUCUUUAAGAAGUAUAUUAUAAGCACGGACACGUUUUACUUUGGGCCACUGCUUUGUGGAAAAUCAAGAGAUAAGUAUAAGUCGUCUUUGUUCCCAGGCAACAUGGAGACACUGACAAUCCUGAACAAUUCUCCAAUGGUCACGGAGGUGUUCUUCUGUUUCCAGAAUGAUGUCAAAGCAAAUACCUACUUCCUAGAACCCAUGAACAUGAUUCUCAAACCCAAUGAGAAGCAGAUACUGACCGUGUGGGCCUACCCCACUGCAGUUGGUAUCUUUGAAGACAGCAUAGUCUGCUGCAUCAAGGAGAACCCGGAACCAGCCAUCUUCAAAUUAAGCUGCGAGGGGGUCCGCCCAGAACUGGAUGUGGAACCCAGGCAAUUGCAUUUUGACCGGCUUCUGCUGCACAGAAAAGAAUCCAAAGUAGUUCUUUUCCACAACGUCACGGCCCUGCCCGUGGCCUGGCGGAUCACCAGCCUGGAGCACCUGGGCGAGGACUUCUCCGUGUCCAUGCUGCAGGGCACCAUCCCCCCCAAGGCUGAGUAUAGCCUGCAAGUGCACUUCCAACCCUCCAAACCCGUCAACAUCAAGAAGGCGUUUCGGUUGGAGGUUUUGGACCCAGACAAUCUUGUUGGAGUUGUUCAGAUUGAAAACAUCAUGAUCAUUGCAGAGUCCUACGACAUGGCCUUGGACAUCACCUUCCCCAAGGCCUCUGCAGGAGCUGAAGGAGGCCUCGAUUUUGGGACUGUGAGAGUCCUGGAGGAGGUGAAGCAGCCCCUGCAACUGAAGAACCGUGGGAAAUAUGAGAUCAUGUUCAGCUUUUCUGUGGACUCCGUAGGCAUUACAUCAACCAAUAUAAAUUCUAUGAUCUCAGUCCAACCCAGGAAGGGCUCAAUGACCACAACAGAUAAGCCCACAAAUGUCCAGGUGUUCUUCCGCGCCAAAAAGGAAGUGAAGAUAGAGCAACAGCCAAUCCUGCGCUGCCAGAUCAUUGAGCCCAAUAUGACAGACGGAACUGAAAUCAUUGCCAGCAUCCCAAUUAGGCUUUCUGUGAAUGCAGUGUUCUCCAAAUACAACAUCAGCCCCUCCUCCAUCAUCAACUUUGGGGCUCUGAUCUGUGGCACUCGUAAAAGCACCACCUUCACCAUAGAAAAUCAAGGUGUUACUGACUUCAAGUAUAACCUCUACAGGAUGACAGGGGAGAGCCCCAUUCCCCAAAAGAAAGCAGUCAGCCACGCGAGGACUUUAAGAUCCCGGGAAAGCGAGAACUUCUACAAGGCUACCCCUUCCAGAGCAGCCAAGUUCUCAGAAACUACUCAGAAAGAAAUAAACAUCACUAGCCAGGCUCGCUACAGCCACGGCAUGUUCACCGUGUACCCUGGGUUUGGCUCCAUCUCUGCCGGAGGAGCACAGACCCUCACCGUUGACUGCGUGGCUGACCCUGUGGGAAAGUGUGAGGAGUUUAUGGCGAUCGAUAUCUCUGACCGAGACCCCAGAGACCACCCUGGCGGCAUUCCUUACAGCCUGUUGGCGGAAGCCUGUCUACCAGCCUUCGUGACAGACAACAACGCCUCCGUCUUUGAGGAGCACCAGAUCUGCAACAGUACCAACCUGUACAGCAUCCUGCAGACCACAGAGAGCAAGGGGCUGUUUGUGGAGGAUGAGAACAAGUUCAUGUUCUGCCAUGUCAUGGUGGGCCAUCAGGCCAAGGCGCGGUUCAAGAUGAGCAAUGUGGGGAAGAUCGCCUGUGAUGUGACCAUUGUGGUUAAGCCUGUCUCCAACAAGGCCACGGCCCGCAUCAUUGACAUCUUUGAAGUGGAACCCAACAAGAUGUGUAUUGCCAGUCGUUCACAUGCCUUUGCCACGGUGACCUUCACCCCCCAGACCAUGCAGUCGUACCAGUGUAUCUUCGAGGCGACCUUGGAUGGCGUGUCCAGCAUCCAGACCAAGAACCGAAGCCUCGCGUUUGAUAUCGUGGGAGAGGGGACCCUCCCUCGGGUGACCAUUGUGCGGCCAAUUCUCCACAACCAGUAUGGAAACCUCCUGCUCCUCUUUAAGAGGCUUCUUCUUGGCCAAUCAGAGAAACUCCCUCUCAUCCUCAAGAACAAUGGCAAUAUCCCCGCCCAGCUGCAUGUCGACCUGCAGGACCAACUAGAAGUCUUCUCCCUGAAAGGGAGGCCCACAACCUCCUACAUCUACAUCAUAGAGGAAAACGAACCCCAUGCCAAAGCAAAGAAAGCUCACACGGCCUCCCUGGUGGUUCUUCCCGGAGAGACAGCCGAAGUUGAUGUUGUUUUCCGAGCCCGAAAUGUCGGGAGGAUGACGGGCACCAUCCACUUGUCAGUGCUCAACAAUCAGUACGAGGACACGAUCAUCCGCCUGGUGGGAGAAGGCUACGAGGAUGACAUCACUUUGGACAACGUCCACGGGCUGGUGGCUCCCACCAGCGGGGAGGCCUUCGACAUGUCCGAGGUCACCGAGGACGUAUCUAUGGAAAACUUGGUGGCAGCUGCUCUGGUGGACCACAUUCAGUUUGGGGACUGCCACAUUGGAAGCAGCUAUAGCGUGAGCUUCACAGUCACUAACCACAGCCAAGUGAAUGUGAUUCGGUUUGAAUGGCCCUCGUUAGCUACAAUUACCUUUGCCCCACAGACUGGCCACCUCCACCCUGGGUGUGCCAAGGACAUCGUGAUGACCCUGAGGUCAGACAUACCCAUCAACAUGAAGAAGAUGGACAUCAAGUGCAAGGUCUCCAAGAUCCUGUUUCAGCAACCUGCAGACCAUGUCCCCGACUGGGAUGACCGCAUGCGCACAGUCAAGUGGGUGGACAUGCCCAGAAACAUGCCCGGGACUUUCACUCCAAAACGAAAAGUGAUAGAGACGGACCCUGAGCCUGCGCACUCGGUGCUGGAAGAGCACUACCGAGAGCUGAUGCUGCAGGUCAGCGCCAACGUGAACUUCGCAUCCUACCAGUGCCCGACGAGCGAGGUGCACUUCAAGGACACGCUGGUGUACCAGGCCCGAGUGUUUCAGUUGGAGCUGGUUAACACAGGGAGUGUGCAGCUGGAAUUCAGCUGGACCUUGGAAGAGACAGCGAAGACUGUCAGCUUUGCAAUGCCAGAAAACCAAGGUUCUCAAAAAGAUCAGCUGAGCCAGGGCAGCACCGCGGACAGCGCCGUGGAACACUCAACUGACCCUUCCCCACUGUCCUUCUCUGUGGUUCCCAUCUCUGGCGUUGUGCCAGUGGGGAAGGCUGAGAAGAUCCAAGUGAAAUUCUCCCCAUUGGAGGUUGGAGACUUCGAGAGCACUAUUAUCUGCCAGAUUCCCAACCUACUACCUGGAGAGCAAGGCCCAGUCAUAUCAGCAAAAGGACGGAGCUUCUUGCCCAUCUGCCACUUUGAACUGAAAGAGUCGGACUACAUCACUGGUCAUCGGCACAACCCGGAUCUCCGAGGACCUGGUGGUGGGCCUCUGGACCCAAACACCCGGGUGAUCGAGUUCACCAGUGUGGGCAUAGGAGCGAAGAAUCUCCGGACGUUUACAAUCCUGAACCCGACCGCUAGCACCUACUGCUUCCGCUGGGUCUCUGAAGAAAUGGAAAGUCUCCAGAACCCUUCAGCCUUCACCUGCCUCACAGAGAAGGGCUGCAUCCACCCUGAAAAGAAAGCCGAGAUUAUCUUCCAGUUCACGCCUUUGCAUCUGAAAAUCACAGAAGCGUUCUGGACUUUCUCAGUCCCCGAGCACAACAUCACAGUCCCUUUCCUGCUGGUAGGCAAAGCCUCUGACCCCCUGGUCAAUCUGGACAAGUCACACAUCAACUUCAGCUGUCUCCUCAUUGGCCGAGAAGUCCGGGAGACCGUGCAGAUCAUCAACAGGGAGGAGCAGGGCUUCAAUUUUGCCUUCCAGGACAACUCCCGGUAUUCUGAAGGUUUCAACGAAAGCCUGGCCGUGAGUCCCAUGGAAGGCUGGCUCCCGCCAACGUCCAGGUUACAAAUUGACAUUCUCUUCACACCAAAGCAAGAAGGAGAUGUGAACUUUAAUUUGAUCUGCAAUGUGAAAAGGAAAGCCUACCCUUUGACCUUAAAUGUCAAGGCUGAGGGCUACACUAUGAAUGCGGAGAUCAAGUGCAAAGACAGGACUGGCUUACUCACUCUCUUGACUCCCAAUCAGACCACCAUGGUCAACUUCUAUGAGGUGGAGCUGAAUGAGUGCGUCCAGUGUGAGUUCACCUUUAUCAACGCUGGGAAGUUCAACUUCAGCUUCCAGGCAGAGCUCUCUGGCCCCAAAGCCCUGGUGCAGUACUUCGAGUUCUCACCCAUGGAGGGCAGCGUGGAUGUGGGGCAGAGUACACCCGCCAGCCUGUCCUUCCAACCGUUUAAGAAAUGUGUCUUGAAGGGCCUGGAACUCAGAAUCAAGAUAAGCCAUGGUCCAACAUUUACGUGCAGCAUCUCAGGCUCUGCCGUGAACCCUGCUGUCCAUUUCUCAUUCACCAGCCACAACUUUGGGAGCUGCUUCAUCUACCAAGCCGGGAUGCCCCCAUACAAACAGACCCUGGUUAUCACUAACAAGGAGGAAACGGCUAUGAGCAUAGAUUGUUUGUACACCAAUACCACCUACCUCGAGGUGAGCUUCCGUGCGGAUGUGAUAAAGCCAGGAAAGUCAAUGGAGAUUCCAAUCACCUUUUAUCCUCGAGAAAGUAUCAGUUAUCGAGAACUCAUCCCCUUUGAAAUCAACGGGCUCUCCCAACAAGUAGUUGAAAUCAAAGGGAAAGGCACCGAAAUGAAGAUUUUAGUCCUAGAUCCAGCCAAUAGGAUCUUGAAGUUAGGAGCUGCCCAGCCAGGGCAGGUGGUGAAAAAAACGGUUUCCAUCAUGAACAACAGCCAAGCCCCGGUCACAUUUAGCCAGUCGGUCCUGUUCUCGACUCCAGAACUCCGGGAGCCUAAGGUCAUCACCCUGGUACCCUUCAACAACAUCACGCUGAAGCCCAAAGAAGUCCGCAAGCUGGAGGUCAUCUUUGCCCCGAAGAAGCGUGUCCCCCUCUUCUCCGAGGAAGUGUUCAUGGAGAGCAUGGGGCUCCUGCGCCCCCUCUUCCUGCUCAGCGGCUGCUGCCAAGCCCUGGAGGUCUCCCUGGACCAGCAGCAUAUUCCCUUCGGACCAGUCGUGUAUCAGACAAAAGCCACGCGUCGCAUCCUCAUGCUGAACACGGGCGACAUGGGUACAAGGUUUAAAUGGGAUGUCAAAAAAUUUGAGCCUAAUUUCUCCAUCAGCCCAGAAGAAGGCUAUAUCACUACAGGCAUGGAGGUUUCUUUAGAAGUGACCUACCACCCCACAGAGGUGGGCAAGGAGAAUCUCUACAAAAACCUGCUCUGCUUCAUCCAAGGAGGCCCUCCUCUGAGCCUAACCCUGUCUGGAGUCUGCGUGGGACUACCUGCAGUGAAAGAGACGGUAAAUUUCACCUGCCAGGUGCGCUCCAAGCACACGCAGACCAUCCAGCUUUCAAAUCGCACCAACCAGACCUGGAAUCUGCACCCCAUCUUUGAGGGCGAGUACUGGGAGGGGCCCGAGUUCAUCACUCUGGAGCCCCAUCAGCAAAACAAGCCCUAUGAGAUCACCUACAAGCCCCGCACCAUGAACGUGGAGAACCGCAAGCACCAGGGGACCCUCUUCUUCCCCCUGCCAGAUGGAACCGGCUGGCUAUAUGCACUGCAUGGGACUGCCGAGCCCCCCAAAGCCGUGGCCAGUAUCUACCGUGAAGUGCCAUGUAAGACGCCCUACACUGAGCUCCUGCCAAUCACCAACUGGCUGAACAAGCCCCAGAGGUUCCGGGUCAUUGUGGAAAUGCUGAAACCAGAGAAGCCAGACCUAAGUGCCUCCUUAAAGGGCCUUGAUUACAUUGAUGUACUGUCUGGAUCCAAGAAAGACUACAAGCUGAACUUCUUUUCCCACAAGGAAGGACUAUACAGCGCAAAGGUGAUCUUCCGAAACGAGGUGACCAACGAGUUCCUAUUCUACGUGACGAGUUUCAGGGUCAUCCCUUCAGGCGUCAUCAAAACCAUCGAGAUGGUGAGCCCCGUCCGGCAGAGCACAUCAGCCUCCGUCAAGGUGGAGAACCCCCUGCCCUACUCAGUGACCUUCGCCACGGAGUGCAGGGUGCCCGACAUCAACCUGCCCUCCCAGUUCGUGGUGCCCCCUAACUCGGAGGGCACAUUCUCAUUCGAAUUCCAGCCCCUGCGAGCUGGAGAAACCUUGGGGAGACUAGUUCUGCACAACAAUGAUCUGGGUUACUACCAGUAUGAGCUCAACUUGAAGGCUCUGCCAGCGCUGCCUGAAAAGCCCAUCCACUUCCAGACUGUUCUUGGCAGCGGCCAGAGCAUCUUUGCCAAGUUCAUCAAUUACACCCGGCAGAAGACAGAAUACUACUGCAGGUCCGACUGCGUAGACUUCCACACGGAAAAGGUCAUCAGCGCGCCCGCGGGGGCUCAGGGCGGCACGGAAAUCAGUGUGGAAGUCUAUUUCGAGCCCAGCCACCUGGGGGACACCAAGGGCACCCUGAGCCUGUCAUCCGUUGCAGGCGGAGAGUAUAUCAUCCCCCUCUUCGGAGUGGCUGUGCCCCCAAAGCCGCAAGGUCCCCUCCAGAUCCGAGCCGGGUACAACAUAGUCAUCCCCUUUAAGAACGUCUUCUACCACACAGUCACCUACUCCUUCAUCGUGGAGCACCCGGCCUUCUCCGUGCGGGCCAUGGACUCAGUCCGGCCCAAGAAGAUCAACAACAUCACCGUCUACUUUGACGGAAACCCAUCCGGCAGCAAAACACCCAUUACCAGCAAGCUGAUUGUGUCGUGCUCUCCCGGCGAAGGCAGAGAAACAGGAGUUAAAUGGGUUUAUUAUCUGAAGGGGGUCACCCCUUAGUUGUAACCAGGGUCAAUUGCAUCCAGAAAAAGCCGUCUCCUCCGCUUUAAUAUCUACAUAUUGUUCUAGCCUGGUGAAUAGAGAAAAUAAUCAGAACUCUAAAGGUAGUGUGUUAUCCUCCUCAUGCACUUCUGUCCAUAUUAUAUGUAUUCCGAAUACAUGAAUGAAAUAUAUAUUCCAUAUUAAACGUGGUAACUAUACAAAACAGAGCUAUAUUUUACUUUGCAAGGGCAAGUCUCUGAAUUUGGUUUCUUAACAUACCCGCAAAGCUCAAGUACUAUGUACGUAA